UUAUUUUUUAUGUUAACUAAGUAAUUAUCCUUUUUUAAUCAUUUACAAAUUUAUUUUUACAAUUAAAAAAACAAUUCUUUAACAUCCCAUUCAUUACUAAUAUUUAAAAGUAUGAUAAAAACGUAUAACAACACAAAAAAGAAAGAAAACAAAAACAAUGGAAAACAUUAUGAUUAAGGUAAUUGAUACAACCUGCUCGACGAGUUUCAUUCAUCGACCAGUUUUUACUACCCUAUACACUCACAAAAAAGGGUUCUUAUCCUAAAAAUCAGCCUUUACGGACUUUACAUGAGAGAAAGCAUUUACUCACGCUAAACUGUCCGCCUACUCGACAUACUCAUAUUCUCUCCCUCUCUCUCUCUCUCUCUUAUCUUCGUUGAGAUGCUUUGGCCCUUCAUUUUUUCAAAGAGCCAUCCCUUUCAAACUUGCAUCAUUUAUGUAUGAGCAUCCUGUGCCCUUCGUCUACUUUUCCAACCCUCCACCCUCCCGGGCGGAAAAACGCUUCCAGUGUCUUCUAUUGCAACAUCUCUCGUUGUUUUGUCCGUACGCCGAAACACAUGUGCGUAAAAACUUUUCUCCCAAAAAAAAUCCUCACAAACGCCGCUGCAUCUGCGUCGAAAGAGCGUAGACAAGCGUUUGCGUGUGUGUUUUUCUUUUUGUUCCUUUCUCAUUAUUUGGGAAUGCUUUCCCUGUUUUUCACGCACCAAAGUGGAUGUUUUUCAUCCCUUUUCCCAUUCAAACUUCACAGUUAGUCAACACAUUUAGGAGAGCGUGUCUGUUUGUGCGCUUUAUGAUUGUUGUAGUUUUUUUUACUGCUUUGUUUCUGUUGCCCUUUUUUGCCUGAUCUGGUUACUUUGCGUUCGCCACGUUCUGACGAGACACCCACAAUCCACACACAAACACACACUCGUGUACAACGAUCCCGAAGCAAAUGCGCGAGAGUGAACCAAAAUGCCACACCAACUGUAACGCUCACACGCGGUAACACGCAUGGGCCUGAGUGUGUGUGUGUGUGUUCGGUUAGAGUCUUCCCUUUUUUAUCAAAAUAUCAACAGUGGUACAGAUUAUGAUAGGGACCAUUAUGCGCUUAGAACCCAGCGUGAAAACAUCGGAAUCUCGGCCCCAAAGCACUCAGUACGACGCGAUUGUUGAGCCGCACGAGAUGUUUCACCGUCGCGUAGCCUUAGUGUCGCGUAUCGCGUGCUGCUAGUAGACGUGCGUUACGGUUCAACCGGGGGAUCGGCAUACGAACACACAUCCGUCGUAAGAGUACAUCCGAUUUUUUAACGGUCGUUUUUUAAUUGCUACGUGUUUUAGUGCAAAUGACACUGCAAGUGUGACUAAUCAGGAGAAAGUUGAGCAACAAAAAAAAAGAAAUUAAAUUUGCUUUAGUUUUUAUUUCCCAACAAAAUGACACUCGUCAGUAGGAAGUGAAGUGAAUUUCACUGUGCAUUGCAAUGCUUCCGCAAUCUUUUGCAAAAUCAGGUCAUAUUUAUUUGCUGUCGGAGGUUUUGUGUGUAUCGAUUGCCGGCUAGAAACAAUUGCAACACGCCAAGCAACACGCAUGAUAAGACCCACUUUUCUAAGGUUUACCAUCGCGGUGAUAACACAAACACACCCUUCCGACACUCCGAGAUCGGUUGUGUGCAUUUUAGUACGUGCUUGAUACCAAUUAAACAAAACGUAAAGAUAAAGUGUGAUUUGAUGUGACAGCAGAAGACAAAGUGCUAAUAAGCAUCCGUGUGUUUAAGCAGCAUAAAUAUUGUGCUGUUUGUCAAGGUGUGUGUUGUAUGUGCCGUUCCUAGUGACGCAGCGGCAAGCAAGAACAAAACCGGGAAAGUGAAACAACCAGCCAACAACAAUGGACAUGACCACGUCGAAAAAUCACAGCUCGGUCAGCGAACACAUAAAGCGGCCGAUGAACGCGUUCAUGGUGUGGUCCCGCGGCCAGCGGCGCAAAAUGGCUCAGGACAAUCCGAAGAUGCACAAUUCGGAGAUAUCGAAAAAUCUUGGCGCCCAAUGGAAGCUGCUAACCGAGGGCGAAAAGCGACCCUUCAUCGAUGAAGCGAAACGGUUAAGAGCACUGCACAUGAAAGAGCAUCCCGAUUACAAGUAUCGGCCACGAAGGAAACCGAAACCACUGGUGAAAUCGCCAACACCGAACGGAUCGAACCAUUCGAAUGGGAACGGUUCGUCAUCGGUGAAGGAGGUAGCACCCCAAUCGCAGUCACCGGUCGGUCGGACCUCCUUCAGCCCAACCCAGCUGACGACACCGGUCGGUCUACCGCCCGGCAUCUUCCCGUCCUACCACUUCGCCUACGAUCUGCACCAGAAAGCGUUCUGGAACCUGUACGGGCCCCAUCUACUGUCCACCGUCGUACCGUCUGCGUAUGCCGUGCCUCCCCAUGCCGCCCUGCCACUGUCCUACAUCAAACCACCCAAGACGUCGCCUCCCUCGCCGAUGGCACCACCCUCACCGAUACAGUCCAGCAACAUCAUCUGACCUACGCCACUGCGCUACGGCGCCGACCAUAAUGUCUAGUUAAUUUGACCGAGGUAGUAAUUCUCUCAACCUAGAAUACAUAUCGUUCCAGGCCUAGGGGAACGCAUUUAUACGCAUAUCAAAGCCAUGGUGUAAAAUAGUGUGUUUCUUCUCAAAAAUAAACCUCCCAUCACUGAAAAGUCCUUCAUGACAAGAUAAUGCGAAUGCGUGGCGUGUGUUUGUGUGUCGGCAGUGCUAAAGCUCAAGCAAAGAAAAAGCUGAUAGGUUAUUUAUGAACAGAUAUACAUAUAAAUCGGCACAUACAAUCUUACCCAAUGCGUUCGUUUUCUCACCCUUUCACGCGCACAAUCAAUCGUUGUCUAUCUUUAAAAGACUUUCUUGAUGGUAGUGUUUAUUUUUAAAAACUGUAAAAGUUGCCUAAUAAGUUUCUAUCAUUCAUCUCUAAAUGGUGGUAAACAUGUGUAAAAUAAAAAAACAAAUUACUACAGCAAAAAGCAUCCAGGUGGAUAGAAACCUAAUGCCUAAUGAUGGAAUGUAUUAUUGUAAGAGUAACAAACAAACAAAAAAAUAUGUGAAAUGCUGUUAGUGUUAUAGUAAGUAAGAAACAGCAACAGUAAACUGUCCAAAAUGUCUCAAAGUAAUAAUAAUAAAAAACACUUACUUAAGAUCUAUGAAAACGAUCGAUUGCGAACCAAGAUGUGAACACGAAGACGAAACAAAUGAAGGUGACAAAUGAGUAACGCGAGCGCAAAAAACAUAACAGCAAACCGGGUAACGCGUUACCCUUCUUAGCGAGCGUUAACGCAAUUUAUACCAUUUUAAACGGUAUGAUAACGGCCAUUGUGUACAUUGUGAUAAGGACAGAUGUAAACGCACGUAGACGAACAAAAACCAUAUCAACGAGUGAAAGCAAAUAUACGCCACAUAGUUGACCGCAUUUUACCGUCACCGAGGGACAAGAACAGCAAAGAUAGAGAGAGAGAGAGAACACACACACAUGCUCGCACACAAACACCACAAACGUUUUGCUCAUUUACGUUUCGAGUUUAAAGGUUUUGUUUGCGGCAAUAAAAGCGGGAAGGAAUGGUUUAAUUUUACCUUUCUUUUAACAAAGUUUAUUACAUUGCUCAAUUUAUUUAUAGUACUACAACCAGCUAGAGCCCAGUGAAUUUAUGGUCAUGUCUAAACACCCACAAUGGAGAUAGAGUUGGAUGACGGAGUUAUGCUGCCGAAAGGGAAAAUUAAUCAAAAUUGUUACCUAUUAUUAUUAUGCUUAGUUAACUCAUGAUUGUAUAUUUUAAGUAAAAUGGAAAAAACAAGCAAUGGAAGAAAAUUGGACACAGAGACCGUUGCGUCACACAUCGAUCAUCGGUCGGUUUUACCCAUUGCAGAGGCUCUCUUGUCAGUGUUUAGUGUUAUACACUACAAUAAAGACAGUUUUAAGUAAAGCGAAAUUAAA